AUGAUACCACGGACUCGUGUCGCCCAGGUUCUUCGACCGUUGGCGCGAGCCACGGCCUCCACGCCAACAGCCGCGUCGUCGCGUAUGGCGAUGCGAUGCAUUGCGACGUCUGCACCUAGACUGCUGAGCGCCUCUUCGCCACGACGGGCCACGAAACUCACCACCGAGAUGUACCCCGGCAUCAAGCGCGAUGAGCGGUUCAAGCAACUGAGCAGCGACGACGUGACGUACUUUAAAGAAUUGCUGGGCUCAGACUCGGCGCUCAUUGACGGACUGCACCAAGAUGCCGCUGCGGACAUUGAGCCCUUCAACGAGGACUGGCUGCACAAGUACAAAGGACAGUGCCGUCUCGUCCUGAAGCCCGGGUCAACAGAGGACGUCAGUGCCAUUCUGAAAUAUUGCAACGAGCAGAAGCUGGCUGUCGUACCUCAAGGCGGAAACACAGGUCUGGUCGGCGGAUCCGUGCCCGUUUUCGACGAGAUUGUCAUCAACAUGGCGCGCAUGAACAAGAUCCACUCGUUCGACGAGGUCAGCGGCUCUCUUGUAGCGGAUGCGGGCUGCAUCCUUGAGACGACGGACCAGUACCUCGCGGAAAGGGGCGCCAUCUUCCCGCUCGACCUGGGCGCCAAGGGCUCGUGCCACAUUGGUGGCAACAUGGCUACAAACGCCGGCGGGCUGAGGCUUCUGCGCUACGGAAGUCUCCACGGAAGUGUACUUGGACUGGAGGUUGUGCUGCCCGACGGCACCAUCAUGAAUGAUCUCUGCACGUUGAGGAAGAACAACACGGGGUACGACCUGAAGCAACUGCACAUUGGCGCGGAGGGCACCAUUGGUAUCAUCACCAAGGUGUCGAUUCAGUGUCCCCGGCGGUCAUCGGCGAUCAACGUUGCCUUUUUCGGACUCGAGUCGUUUGAAAAGGUGCAGCAAGCGUUCCGCGAAGCCAAGGGCCAGCUCUCGGAGAUCCUGUCGGCUUUCGAGCUGAUGGACGGCAAGAGCCAGAGCAUGGUGCACAAGGUGCGCCCGGACAGCAAGAAGCCUCUCGAGGACGAGCAUCCCUUCUACUGUCUCAUCGAGACGAGCGGUUCCAACGGUGAGCACGACUACGCCAAGCUCGAAUCGUUCCUCGAGGACGUGAUGACCAAGGAGAUCAUCACGGACGGCGUUGUCGCGCAGGAUGCGACGCAGCUCAAGUCGCUCUGGAGCUGGCGCGAGGGGAUACCAGAGUGUCUCGGCCACUGGGGCGGCACCUACAAGUACGACGUGUCGAUCCCCAUCCAGGACAUGUACGCCAUUGUGGACGACAUCUCGGCCAAGAUGGAGGAGGCCGGCCUCGUCGGCGAGACGGACGAGUACCCCGUCGUGGGCGUCGUGGGCUAUGGCCACAUGGGCGACUCCAACCUGCACCUCAACAUUGCGGUGCGCCGCUACGACGUGGAGGUCGAGAAGAUCCUCGAGCCCUACGUCUACGAGUGGAUUGCGGACAAAAAGGGCAGCAUCAGCGCCGAGCAUGGGCUGGGCAUUGCCAAGAAGAACUAUAUCGGAUACAGCCGAGACGAGACGACGAUUGGCUUGAUGAAGCAGAUUAAGAAUCUCUAUGAUCCGAACGGCAUCAUGAACCCUUAUAAAUAUGUUUGA